AAACCUUGGCUUCGCCGCAAGCCUUUAUCGCCUCUUAUCCGUUCUUGGCUGCUCGCUAACUACACCCUUUCUCGGUAAGCCCAUCGAGAGCAAGGCUGGUCGGAGUAGGAAUAGAUCGUCGAUGGCGCUUCCGCUCCCGCUUCCCUCUACUCUCUCAUUUCCUUGCCUACCGGCCUUUUCCGCUCCAGGCAAUGCGCGGGCCAUCCGCCUCCACGCCCUCCGGACAACCGAAAGGAAAUACCGAAAGAAGAAGAAACAACCGAGGGACGACGACCCCAAUUCGCCUUCCUAUUCCUCUGGUCUGUCCGCGUCGACCGCGGAGAAGGGCCUGAGAUUCGCCUUCAUGGAGGAGCUCAUGGAGCGCGCCAGGAACCGCGACUCCUCUGGCGUGGCGGAUGUCAUCUACGAUAUGGUCGCUGCUGGACUCAGCCCCGGCCCGCGUUCUUUCCAUGGGCUCGUUGUCUCGCACUCCCUUUCCGGGGACGAGGAGGGCGCGAUGCAGUCAUUUAGAAGAGAGCUAAGUGCAGGCUUACGCCCUUUGCCUGAAACUUUUAUUGCUUUAAUUCGUUUGUUUGGAUCCAAAGGUCAGGCAACCAGGGGCUUAGAAAUUCUGGCUGCAAUGGAGAAGUUUAAGUAUGAUAUCCGGAAAGCUUGGCUUGUUAUUGUUGAGGAGCUCAUUCAUAACCACCAUCUAGAAGAUGCCAAUAAGGUAUUUCUUAAAGGUGCACAAGCCGGGUUGCGUGCCACUGAUGAAAUUUAUGAUCUUUUAAUUGAAGAAGACUGCAAAGCUGGGGACCAUUCAAAUGCUUUAACUAUUGCAUAUGAGAUGGAGGCUGCAGGAAGAAUGGCAACAACUUUUCAUUUCAACUGUCUUCUUAGUGUGCAGGCAAAUUGUGGAAUUCCAGAAAUAGCUUUUUCAACAUUUGAAAAUAUGGAAUAUGGGGGUGAAGAUUACAUGAAGCCCAAUACUGAGACUUAUAACUGGGUGAUCCAGGCAUAUACUAGGGCUGAGUCCUAUGAUAGGGUGCAGGAUGUUGCUGAGUUACUUGGGAUGAUGGUUGAAGAUCACAAGCGUUUGCAGCCAAAUGUUAAAACUUAUGCGUUAAUGGUGGAGUGUUUUACAAAAUAUUGUGUUGUAAAGGAAGCAAUUCGACAUUUUCGAGCCCUUAAGAAUAUUCCUGGGGGCACAAGGGUUUUGUAUAAUGAAGGGAAUUUUGGUGAUCCAUUGUCACUCUAUUUGCGAGCUUUAUGCUGUGAAGGACGAGCUGUUGAGCUGCUGGAGGCUUUAGAAGCAAUGGCUAAAGAUAAUCAACCUAUUGCACCACGGGCUAUGAUUGUGAGCAGAAAAUAUCGUACACUUGUGAGCUCCUGGAUAGAACCAUUGCAAGAAGAAGCAGAUGUGGGUUUUGAAAUUGAUUAUAUAGCCCGAUAUGUUGCAGAAGGUGGGCUUACAGGAGAACGCAAGCGGUGGGUGCCACGAAGGGGAAAAGCACCCUUAGAUCCAGAUGCCCUUGGUUUUGCCUAUUCAAACCCGAAAGAAACAUCUUUCAAACAGUGUUGUCUUGAGGAGUGGAAGAUCUACCAUCGCAAGCUCCUGAAAACCUUAAAAAAUGAAGGACUUUCCAUUUUAGGUGAUGCUUCAGAAGCUGAUUAUAUAAGAGUGGAGGAGAGAUUAAGGAAAAUAAUAAAAGGGCCUAACCAAAAUGCUUUGAAACCAAAGGCUGCAAGUAAAAUGAUAGUCUCAGAACUAAAGGAAGAGCUAGAUGCACAAGGUUUGCCUAUAGAUGGAACUAGACAGGUACUCUACCAGAGAGUGCAGAAGGCAAGAAGAAUAAACCGUUCACGCGGCCGUCCACUUUGGGUACCACCUGUGGAGGAGGAAGAAGAAGAGGUUGAUGAGGAAGUGGAUGAACUGAUAGCGCGUAUUAAACUUCAAGAUGGAAACACAGAAUACUGGAAGCGUCGUUUUCUUGGUGAAAGUUUGACCAAUGUGCACGAGAAGGAUAAUUUAUCAGAUUCUGAAAUUCUUGAUGUAGUAGAUGAUAUAGAUCCUCUGGAGGAUGGGACAAAAGAAGCAGAAGAAGAUGAGGUAGAUGAAGAGGAAGUUGUUGAACAAACAGAAAAUCAAGAAGGUGAUAUAACUAAAGAAAAAGAAGUUGAGAGAGCCAAACCUCCUCAAAUGAUUGGUGUUCAAUUGUUAAAGGAUUCAGGAGAAACUUCUUCAGCAAAAAAAUCAAGAAGGAGAGUUGCUCGAGCAUCUAUACAGGAUGAUGAUGAUGAAGACUGGUUUCCAGAGGAUGUAACUGAAGCAUUAAAGGUCAUGAGAGAGAGAAGAAUUUUUGAUGUGUCAGAUAUGUUCACAAUUGCAGAUGCUUGGGGUUGGUCUUGGGAGAGAGAGUUGAAAAAUAAAAAGCCUCACAAAUGGUCCCAAGAAUGGGAAGUAGGGUUAGCAAUUAAAAUCAUGCAAAAGGUUAUUCAGUUAGGCGGGACACCAUCCAUUGGCGAUUGUGCCAUGAUUCUUCGUGCUGCUAUAAAAGCUCCUCUGCCAUCAGCCUUUUUAACAAUCUUACAGACAACGCAUAGCCUUGGCUAUGCGUUCGGAAGCCCAAUAUACGAUGAAGUUAUUUUGUUGUGUCUUGAUCUUGGAGAAGUGGAUGCCGCCAUUGCAAUUGUCACAGAUAUGGAGACUACUGGAAUCAAGGUUCCUGACCAAACCCUCGAUAAAGUGCUCUCUGCUCGUCAGGGCAUUGCCGAACCUACAUCAGAGGAAUCAGUAGAUAGUAAUAGCUAGUGAGAUUAUUGCAAGGUGGUGGAUCCAACAAAAACAUUUCUUCUGGAGAUUUGUCAAACACCUCAAAUAUAGACGAGUAGCAUCAGGACAUGAAUAUUUCAGAAAAAGUUCCCAUUCUUAAACAAUAUACUCAGAAGAAUCAUCUCUAGAGCAGAUUGAAGCAAAUCAAGGAAGUUCAUUCUUUACUGCUCUUCAAUUACUGCCCUUUAAGUUGCUUAUCGUCAGUCAUGUUCAAGCUCCUCUUAGAGUAAGACAGUAUUUUGUAUGCUUGUGAAUGAGUUGUCAAUUAGUAAGAUUUUGGUGUCUUGUAAUUUAAAUAGGUUUACCUUGUAGUGAAGUCCAAGCUCCUCUACCCUAGACCCUUAGCACUUAGUAUACAGCUUAGUUUACCGAAUGCUGUUUCUUUUUGUUUCAGAUUUUGAGGAUCCAGCAUUCAAUGGAAGAAUGAAGUGCCACUAGGAUUAUAUAUCA